UAUUUAUUCUUUACCUACUCUCUACUGCUCUCCUCCCAUCCCCGCCUCGUCAGUCUCUCCCGUUAUCCUUUCUCUUCACAUCAUGCAACCCAACCACUAUGACCUACUGGGUCAGGUGCACGAUGACCCUCGAUCGGUCGGGCGACUGACGCGAGACGCCCAUCAGCCGCCGUCGCGCGAGCCUCACGCCUUCCAGCAGUCCCGGUCGCCUGCUGCUGUUGCGCCCACGAGAUCCGAAGAUUCCUGGAUCGAGGUCUCCUCCCAGCCCUCUUCCUCUUCCCUCUCCUCCGCCGGCACCAACGAUGAUAUCAUCACCACGGGUCUCCGCGUCCAGCAGAAUGAAGCCGGUGCAUACCAUCGCAGUCGCCGGCGCCGUCUGCAGCGGCUGGCUGCCGUCACCACCGCCCAAGUCGACUACUCGUCCCGCGAACAAAGCAGUAGCCAAGACGAAUACGAGGAGAGUGAGAGUGAGUCGGACCGUGUCCUCAGCAGCUCGAACGAGGACAUGGUCCGUCAAGCUUUACCCACCCCGUUCGUCCCGGGACCUGGCCCCUCUUCAACCGCUUCCGAUGAUGCCAGUGAUGAGGAUGAGGAUGAUGAUGAUGAUGACAACUCAACGGCGCUGGGAAUGCGCAUGGGCUCAGCUCCCUUUGUUCCUCAGCCCAACGUCUUCUCGCACCCACCUGCAUCCCAAAACACCUCUUGGAGGCCUACCGGAGGACACCGUUCACAGCCGAGUGAGGUGUCCAACUCCAGCCGUCGCACAGCGAUCCGCAGAAACUCUCAAGCAAGUAUACGCUCCGCACGGAGAUCCUCCCAGCAACAUAGUCCAUUCAAUAUGAUCUCACCGUCCCACCACGCGGAUCACGAUGCCGCCUUGCGUGCCAGUCUAUCCACAUUACUCUCCUGUGCCGCUGCAGCUCGAGGUCUGCCUAAAUCCGACCCUCCUCCCUCACAGGCCAGUCCUUCCCGGGGCCAUCCCUCUUCCUUCCGCUUAGUACCGGAGUCAGUAGCGAUGGGAGGAGAAGUCGGCGAGGAAGCUGUAGGGAUGGAAGCGACUGUCCCCACUCGUACCCCGCGGCAGGGCCCCACUCCGCAGCCGGCCUCAUACUCACCCCGCGAUGCCCAGUCGGCCCCUCGACCCAAGCGGCGAUCCAGUCCAUCCAAAGAACGUAGUCACUCCUCUGCAAAGAAGGGUCGUCGAGCCAGCAUAGCAGAUGCCUCGACUGCUAGUCCCACCGUCAUGACCUGGGUGAUCAGCGCGGGUGUCGUCGUCCUGUUUUCAGCCAUCAGCUUCUCCGCCGGCUACGUGCUGGGCCGCGAAGUCGGUCGCCUGGAGGCCAGCACGGGAAUGACCGUGGCUGGCGAUACUGGCGUUCCCGGCAGAGCAGCGGCGGGCUGCGGCCAAGAAGCAGUCCGCGGUGGUCUUAAACGCAUCCGUUGGGGAUCGGGAACCUCAGGGUCGGGCAUCAUUGCGUGACUGACCAUAUACAUUACAUCUCCUUCGAUUUAUAUGAGUGCUAACGAUAAUGGUGAUUAACGGGAUAUGAAGCUAUGAAUAUCUGGUGCGGUACAUUCGUUGACUGCUUUUUCCUAUGUCCCCUCUCUUUGGAAGGACGGAUUGCAUGCAUAGCAAGGCUUUCCGGUCGUUGGUCUAUGAAAUGUUCUCGGAUCAUUUGUGGAGCCGCGGGAAAAGUAGUUGUUGGUUGAGAUUUGGAUCGAUGUUUGGAUUGGCGUUUGGAGUGAGUAUUUAGUUGCAGCUAUACCCCUUUACCUCCCUGACAGCUAGUCAAUACACGAGUAAUUUGGCUUUCACCCCC